AUGUGGAAUGAAGCUGCGGGCAGGAUAAGUGAGAAGAUGCAGUUCAAGGACGCCGACGGCAAAGAGACGACCGUCAAGUUCCUGAAGAUGAACUGCGUGGACUUCCAGGGGAAGUGUCAGGAGGAACGAAUCCAGGCAUUUCCCACCAUCCGCCUCUACAAGCGGGAUGGGUGA